GCUCAGCCCCUCCAGCAGGGGGACGGAAGGAAGGGGACACACACACACACACACACACACACACAGAGAGUCUCUCUCCCUCCCUCCAGCCACACACGCCCGGGCCGGCUCCCUGCACAGCGGACCCGGACCCGGACCCGCCCCCGCCCGGCAGCCCCCCGGGACCUGGCGGCAGCCAGGUGAGUCGCGCCCCGCUCCCCGCCCAGGGGCCGGGCAGCCUGGCCCCCAUCCCCGCGGCCUCUGGGCUCCUACUAGACAGGGUGAACCCCCCGCCCCUCCGGCUGGUGGAACAAUCUGUAUGGGAGGGGGCUGAGAGCCCUUGACCCAAACUGCAAACUCUGUAUAUAAUGGAAACCGCUUCAAGCCAGAGGGUACCGCAGCCCCCGCAGUACCCCUAGUUCCAGCACCUAUGCCCCCACCCCCCGGGAAACCAGAGCUACCCGACUCAGACAGCUGGGGAAACUGAGGCACGGGAAAAGCAAGAGUCCUGGCUCCCAGCCCGUCCUUUGUUCUACCCUCUAGACCCCACUCUCCUCUAAGGGCCAGGAGUAGAACCCAGGAGUCCUGGCUCCCAGCCCCUCCCACUUCAACCCACUAGAGCCCACUCCCCUCCCAUGGCCAGGGAUAGAACCCAGGGGUCCUGGCUCCCAGCCAAACCCCUCGCCAACUCUAACCCCUGGAGAAUCGUUCCUCCUCAGGGCGAUGCUGCCCGUCAACGCCACAUCCGGGGAGGCCCCACUGCGCCAGGCCAUGAAGGUCACCACGGCCGUGGCCUUCGGCUUCAUCUUCUUGGCGGGGGCUGCCGGGAACGGGGCGGUGCUGUGGGUCACGGGCUGGAAGCUGCGCUGGACCCCCAACACCGUGUGGUUCUUCAACCUGGCCAUGGCCGAUGUGGCCUCCACCUCUCUGAUCCUGGUCACCGUCCUGUACCUGGCCCUGGAUCUGGACUGGCCCUUCGGCUCCGUGGCCUGCAAACUGGCCAACUGCCUCUUCGGCUUGAGCCUCUGCAGCGGGGUCCUGCUGCUCAGUGCCAUCAGCGUGGACCGGUGCGUGGUGGUGGUGGCCCCGGUCUGGUGCCGCAACCACCGCACGCCACGGCUCAGCUGGGUGGCCUGUGCUGCCAUCUGGGCCCUGUCGCUGGCCACCUUCGUGCCCAGCUCCUUCCUCUUCUCCGAGCUCUCCUUCGAGAGGAACCGGAGCUCCUGCAGCAACCUGGACGUCUUCCAAGACUGGAGGCGCCAAGAGGCCGAGAUCUUGACCGUGUUCAUCUUCCUCUCCCAGUUCCUCCUGCCCUUGGUGGUCAUCUCCGUGUCCUACUCCGUCCUGGUGGUGGCCAUGAGGCGGAAGAGGCUGGCCAAGUCCAGCAAGCCCCUCUUGGUGGUCACCAGAGUCAUCUUCUGCUUCUUUCUCUGCUGGUCGCCCUACCAUGCCUUGGCCUUGGCCAGGAUCUCCACGGCCCACGUGCCCAGCGCCGUGCGCCUGGUGGCCAUCCCUCUCUCCAAGUGCCUGGCCAUGUUCAACAGCUGCAUCAACCCCCUGCUCUACGUCUUUGCCGGGAGGGAGUUCCAGGACGCCGUGCGGAGGCCCCUGGUGCAGGCCUUCAAGGCAGCCUUCGAGGAGGCGCAACCAACCCAUGUGUGAAGGGGGAGACGCCGCCGCACUGCAGGGAGCCGGCUGGGGGAAGCUCUCCCCUGGCAGUCAGGGCUGGCCCCAAUGCCCCAGCAUGGUGCUAGGGGGCGCUGUACUACAGGGGACACGGUGGGGGCUCUCCCCUGGCAGUCAGGACUGGCCCUGAUUCCCCAAUGUGGUGCUGGGGGGCCCUGUGGUGCAGGGAGUGGGCUGGGGAAGGGGGUGCUCUCCCUAUUAUGAACCAGAGUCACUGCCGGGGACAUGGACUUUUUCCUAUGUCACCUACCCCUAGGUCCUUUCCUCUUAGGCUGGGGGCAAAGACGUGGCUAGAACCAAGAUCUCAAGCCCCACGUCCCGCCUUAUCUCUACCAGCCUCAGGUGGGAGCUCAGGCCAGGAAGCGCAAGUGCGGUUUGGAAGGAAACCCCCCCAACUUCGUUCCAAAAUGGAAACAAAAGAGAUGUAUCGAAAGAUACCAGAUUGUGAAACUCGUUACGUUUCGGGGGGAGGAGGGGACCCCUAAGGUUGGUUUGGGUGCAUUGAAAGAGUUUGAUGGCAUCGGGACUUUUUAAAUACAAUUGAUAAAAUACCAAUUAAUUGUUUACCAUAUAAAAAUAGGCUAUUGGCCAAAACAUAACACCCCCCCCCGCUGCUUUGAUUCCAGUCUUAGAAACACCAAAAUCAUCAAAUCCAGCCGGAAACCCAAGAAAGGGUCAUUUUGAAAUGAAAAAAACUCAGCUCAGUCCAUUCCGUUCGAACGCCCGCUUUGAACCUGCCUCCCCUGCCAGGGAGCUGCCUCUCAACACUCACCUUCCCCAGCUUGUCGAUUUCAAUCGAGCCACGUUUUCUGACACAGGCUCUGCCCUUUGGAAAACCUCAGCCAGCUCUCCUGGAGGGGCCGGCCUCCGCUGGGGGGUACGAAGAGCUCCACAAGGGGUGACAGACCCAUCUCUGCCCCCAACAGUCACAGUACUUACAGGGUGAGAAGGAAGGGAUUUGUUAACCCCAACAGGCUGAUCUCCAGGUGAUUGUGGAGGGGCCUUUCCCCUCUAAGGGGCACAGCCCCAGGCUGGGGGCCUGGCUGGCUCAGGGGGGGCAGGGAACAGGCUGGGGGACUAGCUGGCUUUGGGGGACAGGGAAAAGCACAUAGGCCCUUUCCCCUAUAGGGGGCACAGCCCCAGGCCAGGGGAUUGGAUGGCUCAGAGGGCAGGGAUGGUCCUAGGAUCCCCGGCUACUGCAGCGCUUGUCUGGAAGGAGACUGAAAUUCCAGGGAAAGGGUCACAAACCCCCUCAGUGCUUGGCCUGCGGCCCUUGACUUGCCAGGCCCAGCCCAAAUCCCUUCCACCGCCCACAUGUCCCCCCGGGGGUUUCAUGGGGACACGGGAUUUUCCAUUACGGAAUGUCUCAGCCACUGCAGCUGCCUUGCGCUGGAGCUGGAUAUACAGCUACCCCACCCCAGAGGUGGCUGCAUCUCAGCAGGAGGUGAGGGAUCGCUGUAUAAACAGCCCCUGCACCCCAACAGCACCGAAAGUUGCUUCAGCACUAAGAUCCUUUUGUUCCACCCUCCACCCCGCCCCCAAGAACCGCUCAGUUCUGUCCACACCACAGCCACGCAGGAACGGUCGAGCAUUUUAUUAAUCAUGGAGAAGAAAAAAAUAAAACAAGUUUUCACAAA